AUGGACCUGCGAGCUGAGAGCCACGGGUCCUGGGCAGGACGUCGCCUAUACUUCCAGUGUUUCCACAAGUUCGGCCUGUUCGCUCCGAUCCACAAAGUGAUCCGGAUCGGUUUCCCCUCCACCUCUCCAGCGAAGGCUAAGAAGAGCAAGCGGAUGGCGAUGGGCGUCUCCUCUCUGGCCCACAGCCCCAGCAGCUCCUCCAUCAGCUCCGUCAGCUCCGUGGCCUCGUCUGUGGGCGGGCGGCCCAGUCGCACCGGCCUGUCUCCUGCAACGACCCGUCCCCUUCCCUCAGAUAAGUCGCCCGUAGUGUUGACUAAAACGACUGUUCAUAGUGAAGCACUGCAUGCGGCCUCCCUGUCAGGCCAUGUGAGCACAGUGAAGCUGCUGCUGGAGCGGGGAGCGAUGGUCGACUCUUUGGAUGUAAUGAAACACGCGCCGCUGUUUCGGGCUUGUGAGAUGGGACACAGAGAUGUCAUUCUCACACUCAUCAAAGGUUCUGCAAGUGUGGACCUGGUAGACGUGGAUGGUCACGCUGCGUUGCAUUGGGCAGCUCUUGGAGGCAAUGCUGAGGUCUGCCAGAUACUCAUGGAGAAUGGGAUCAGUCCCAACGUACAGGACCAGGCAGGACGGACUCCUCUGCAGUGUGCUGCUUAUGGCGGAUACAUCACCUGCAUGGCUGUGCUCAUGGAGAACAAUGCUGAUUCAAACAUACAGGACAAGGAGGGGCGGACCGCUCUCCACUGGUCAUGUAACAAUGGCUACCUGGACGCUGUGAAACUGCUGCUGGGAUACAACGCCUUUCCUAAUCACAUGGAGCACACUGAGGAGAGGUACACCCCUCUGGACUACGCUCUGCUGGGGGGGCACAGUGAGGUGACUCAGUUCAUGCUGGAGCACGGCGCUCUGUCCAUAGCAGCCAUCCAGGACAUUGCUGCUGCCUCCAUCCAGGCGGUCUACAAGGGCUACACCGUCCGCAAGGCCUUCAGGGAGAGGAAGCAGCUCUUCAUGAGGCACGAGCAGCUGCGUAAGGAUGCAGCCAAGAAACGAGGAGAAGAAGAACAGCGCAGGAGAGAAGCUGUGCAGCUGGUCUCUGUGGACGCUGCAGAGAAGAGAAGGGGCCCUUUGGUGAAAACAGAGCAGGACCAACUUGUGAAUAUUAUAGAGGACUUAUCCAUAAAUGACUCUGUGGUGGAAAAAAAGAGAUCAUCAAAAGCUGAACGCACCAGAAGCAAAGAGGAGAGACUCAAAGCCCACAAGAGCAAAUCCUCCAGAAAAAGUAAAGCAUCUGAACCACAUGAGGUUCAUGAUGCUUUGAUCCGCCACUGUCAUGUGCCCGGUGCUCUCCAGACCACCAGGCUGAGGGAGCUUCUCUCUCCUGCCGUCUGCAGCCCGCCACCCAGCCUCAAACCCCGACCCCCCUCCACGCCCAGAGUCAGGGAACGCCCCUCUUCAGGCACGUGCAUUCCUUCCAUCAGAGUCGCAGGGACAGACACUAUUAACAGAGAAUGCAUCCCUCUGAGAAAGAAAGAUGCUCACAUGACUGUGCACACUGCCGCUGGCAAGGAUGAUGCUCCCACUGCUCUACAAAAGCACAGAAACCACAAAGAGCAGACUUCAGAAAAGGCCGCCACCAAAGACCAAACUCUCAUUCCCUCAUUAAGAGGCAGUUCAUCUUUAGAUCAUAAAAGCCCCUCAAUAGAGACUCAGUCUGCCACACAAGCACCCAUCUCAACACGCACGCACAAGGAACACAACAAAGAGCAGCGCAGGCGGAGGAAUGAGGCUGCGUGCAUCAUCCAGCGAGCAUGGCGGAGGUUCCACACACGCAGAAGGAGGAAGGUACAAGCCUGCGAAGAGGCGGAGUCAAGUGAUUCAAACCACGCCCACAAAGGGAAGAAGAUGGACAUCCGAGCCCAACCCGCCAAACUGUCAGCGAGUAAGAGCUCAGUUCUACAAAGUAUCUACGGAAUCAAAAAUCAGGCCCCAGGGAGAAUUGAACUCCCGACCCCUGGUUUACAAGACCAGUGCUCUAACCACUGA